AUGCCGAGUCUCUUCCUUCCUCGCGACUCGGAGUCGGUCCGCAACGACGAUGGAUCGCUGGCCGUGGUCUACGUCGCCGACGUCGACGUUGACAGCGGCGAGAUUCGCGUCAUCCCCGGCCCCACCCCCUACUCUAUCAUGGCCCGCCAGGUUAUGUUCCACAAGAACUACCUCCUCGAUGUUGUCGAGGAGAACAUCACGGACAUUGGUCCGACCCGCGAGAUACUUAGGCGCCGCCUGGAACUGCUCACCGAGCGCGCCAAGGCACAUAUCCAACGCCAGCGCUCCUACGCCUCAGCUUAUGAAGCUUACGCGUCUGUGCUGAGCAGCAGCUACUCUGACGGCUUGAACUUGCUCGAUCAGCGCGACUUUGACGAUGCGUCUAACCCUCAGGCAUGGGGCGUCGAGAGCAUGUCCGACAUCAUGAAGCCUAUCAAUUACCACGUCGUCUUCCCUGAGGUCCCCGCGGCGCCAUCUACCUCUACCUCUACCACCGCCGCCGCCAUCCCCGUCCCCGAAGCUUCUUCUUCUUCUGCUACAGCAACUUCGACAUCCAUCCCUUCGCGCGGCAGCAAGCGCGUCACGCCCGACGAGCCAUCCUCUAGCGUCGACUCCCUUCCUAAACGCGCUCGUCUCGACUCUGACGUCUCUGCUUCCACUGGCAACGGCGGCAACCUUCCCCAUCUCACCACCCCCUACACAACGUACUACAGUGAUCCGUCUACCAAGGGCAAGAAGCGCAGUAGGUCUGACUCCGACGAGGAAGACCGCGCUCCCAAGCGCGUGCGCCAACUUCCUGACACGAUCCUCACACCCCUGCCCCUCGACGACGACGACCUUACUGACGCGGAUGCUGAAGGUGAGGAUGACGAGGACUACACGCCCGCCAUCACUCCUGAGGUCGCUCGACCUAGCCCUACCACUGCCCCCUCAACGGCUCACGAGCCGCAUCCUGUCGUCGGCUGCGGACCUCGCGCCACCCAAGGCUUCAAGAUGCCUUGCAUGCCGAUGACAUAUCAUACUGCGAUGCCCCGUCGGACCGACGUCGACGACCCCCUCUACGAUGCCGAAGACCAUGCUGCUAACGAUGAACUCGCUUCCGCUGCCGUCGCUGACGACCCCGUACGCGACGACGAUUCCCAUUCUGUAUACCAACCCCCCUCUCGUUCUCCUACGCCUGUGCCCAUCCGAAGCAGCCGGCGCCUGCGCUCGCGCAACACGAAGCCAUACGACAGGCCAUCUACAACCAAAUCUCGAGCGUCUACCAAGAAGUCCAAGUCUCGGGCUUCGACCUCUCGCUCGACCUCUUCUCGCGCCUCCUCCUCUUCCAAGCCAUUCGUCCCCGACGACGACGCCGCCGCCGCCAUCGGCAGCAACUGCAAGUUCCCGCGCACCAUCCGGCGCUUCAUCACCCCCGUCGACGCACCCGGGCACAUCAAUCUCGGCCUCGACAACGCGUAUUAUAAGUGCCCGCCCCCCGCCUGCAGCGUCUGCGGGAAAUUGAAAGGCAACACGGGCGAUCUCUCCCGCCACAUCCUCAGCCAUAUCGUGUGGGGGGACAAGCGUGUGAACCAGUGCCGAUCGUGCCCCGUCAGCUACGCGCGGAAGGACGCGCUCACGCGCCAUUUGAAGCAUAAUCCUGGUCAUAGGGGCCAGUACGACGCGCUGUGCCCGGAGUUUUGGGUCAAGUACGAAGACUACUCGCAGCAUGUCGUGCUCGAUCUAUCCGCUGACGAGUAGUUCGCCAACCCUGUCUGCUUGACGUCCUUGUCUGCUUUCCAUCCCACCUACUCAAGCCAUACCCG